AUGGCUAACACGUCAUGCCUAUGGACGAAGGCGCGUGAGAAUCUUCCCGUGGAUGUCAAAGAAUGGUUAGCCUCCCUCGAAAAAGGUAUACAGCCCAACGCGACAGCGACCGAACAGAUCGAUGCGCUCAUUGAACAAACAACCAAAAAGCAGAAAGACUUUGAAAAGUCCAAUCAUAAGUUCAGAAAGUAUUUUGAUAAGAUCAUUCACUGGUUGGAUAAGGUCAAAGGGAUUGGUGAUGUCGUCUCGUCCUUCGACCCCGUUCAUGCUGCGCUUCCAUGGGCUGCUUUCCGUUUCGCCCUACAGGCUGUCCUGGCCGAAAAAGAGCAGGCAGAGAGCAUUCUUGAACUCCUCGCCUCGACCCCGCACUUCGUCUUCUCUGGUCGGGUUUUAGAGAUGGUCUACACAAAAGAGUCUAUGGAUAUCGGAGAAGCCCAGGACGACAUCAAACUAAGUCAACAAUGCCUCGGUCACUUGGAAGAGGAACUAAUCAAGUUUUACUCGUCGCUAUUUAGCGCUCUUCAGUAUUGUUACACAAUUUCAAGCAAGCAUAAGGUCAAACGCAAAGCUACAGCGAUAUUUAAUUCAUCCGAGGUAGUGAGCAUCCACAGGGACUUGGAAGUACAGCACAAAAAGGUCAUAGCUUGCGGAGAGAAUUGCCACAAAAUCCUCAAUCACACCUUGUCGAGGAAAUCUCGCGAUCUGUUGCAGAAGAUACAGCCAACUCUCACCGAGAUAGGGGACCGAGUCCAAGAACUACUAGUACGGAUUGAUGAAGAAGAACGACGCGAGACACUUAGAGCGAUCUCUUCGAUCUUGUUUCGUGCCCAUCAUGACGAAGUUAGCAGAAAGCGAACUGCGGGUACCUGCGAGUGGAUUCUGAAGAGGGAGACGUUCAUUCGAUGGGAGGAGAGUGAUUCAUCAGUUACCAUUCUUUACGGGAAUCCUGGAGCCGGUAAAACAUUUCUCAUCUCACGAGUAGUCGACUAUUCAAUUGAGAGGGCUAAAACUGGGGAUGCAGUCGCCUUUUUCUACUGCAAGAGAGACGAGGAGAAUCGGCGGAAUCCUCAGGAUAUCCUCCGCAGCAUUCUUCGUCAACUAUCCACGCCCAUCAAGGAAGUUGAAAGUGGCACAAUCCACAUCGCUCUCCAAGGCCUGCCAAGCAGACUUGAACUUAACGGUACAACAUUCGACGUGGCGACUUGCGAAAGUCUUAUCGGGAGGCUUGCCGAUGAUUAUCCCAAGACAACUAUUAUCCUCGACGCCCUGGAUGAGUGUGAUAGAAACACCCGAGAGGAGCUUAUGGGAAUUCUCUCGAAUUUGACCAUCAGGAGCUCCAAGCUGCGUGUCUUCAUCUCCAGCAGGCAUGACGAGGACAUUCUACGCCACUUCAAGGGAAGACCUGUCAUGACGGUAGAAGCAACGGACAAUGAAGAAGAUAUCUCAUCUUACGUGCAGGAUAAGCUGUUUCAAGACACUCGUUGGGCCGACAUAGGUCCCAAGUUCCAGGAAGAAGUCCAAUCGGUGUUUCACAAGAAAAGCCAAGGAAUGUUCCAAUGGGCAGCACUGCAGGUUGAUCAGAUCCGACGACUUAAGCUAUGGAGCGAAAGGAGUAUCAGGGAGCUACUCGAAACCUCACCGAUCGGACUGAAGGGCGCGUACGAUGUGGUCUGGAAUCAGAUCCAUGAAAUGUCACCGUUUGAAGAGAAGCUGGCUACGCGAGCCUUCCAAUGGGUUCUAUGUGCAUUCGUGCCUCUAAAGACUGAAGAGUUGUCUUUUAUGAUGCAUAUAGAACGCGAAUCUGGUACUAUGGAAGCUGAUACAGUCUUCAUGCCGGAGACCAUCCAAAGCAUCUGUGGAAACCUCCUCGUCUACGACCGGCAGUCGCACGUCUGGCGAUUCUCGCACUUGUCGGCACGAGAGUAUAUCGAGAGGCAUCAUUACAGCAUGCUUGAAUCUCAUCACCACGUUGCCAUCUCUUCCAUCAAGUUUCUGCAAAGAUAUUCAAUAACUUCACUUCGAGAGCCGCGAUAUCCAGGGUCAACUAGAGAACUUUGGUGCAUCGUGGCACGUAAACCAUCUCAUCCAGAUCUGAUGUCCACCUACGGGCUCUUUCAUAUUCUGAGAGAUCUCUGGGAGAAGGCUGGUGGUGAACUUGACAUUUAUCCUAAGUCUACACCGUCUCCUCUUACACUAGCCAUCCAAAAUGGGCAUGAAUCUAUUUGGAGAUUUAUCUUGCUCGCAAAAGCAAAGCUUAACACCGGCUCCCCAGGACCUCUGGCAGCAGCAAUAGAGGAAAACAAUGAAGAAGCUUUUGAGGCUCUGAUUGAAGCCGAGGCAGAUGUGAACUAUGUUCCUUUCAACAAGCAUCUUCACACACUACGGUUUGAUACACCCUUAAAAGCUGCGUUAUUGCUUUACACAAAGCAAAAUCGAAGAUACAUCAUACAGAGACUGCUUGAUGGAGGGGCAGAUGUCAACGUAAGGAGUGGAGGUGGCACUGCUAUGGAGCUCGCUAUCCAGUUCGCGGAUGAGGAAACCGUCAAGCUUCUUCUCGACGCCAAUACAAAGGUGUAUAACCCAAAUCACUUUCUCAGACAGGCAGCUCAGAACCAGACAUUCAACCUCGUUCCGCUGUUCGUGAAUCUUGGUGCCAAUGUCGAAGAGCCGUGGGAAGGGGUCUUGCCAUUAGGGGGCAAUUGCCUUACUCCUGCAGAGAUCCUUUCGGCACACUGA